GCUAAUGACGCGCUGUGAUUGGUCAGGUAAUUUUAGCCUGGCACACCGUUCAGAUUGUGAACUGGGCUUUGAAUUUUUGGGUUGGAGGUGAACCGCUGCGAGCCUUCCUUUCCAACUUUCUUUUUAUCAGUUUCUAGUCGGCUGGGGGACGUCCAGGAGAGGUAAACCGUAGGUAGGAGUGUCUGUCGUCGAGAGUGGAUCGCGUUUUCCCCAGGAUUGCUUGUUUACCGGAGUUACGGGCGGAUUCGUGCGGUACCGGAGACGAGUAGAGAGUCCGAUGUACGGGCAGACCGGAACACCUUAGUCGGACGGGAGUCGUGUGUGUGUGUACAUAGUGCCAACAACAACUGCACAACUGCCGAAAACAAGUGUCCAUCCUUCCGUUUUGCAACGUUCUGUGUCGUGCAGGAUCUCAGGAGGACUACCAGCGUGUUUUGUCGUGUAAAAUGAGCUGAGAGCGCCCUCCCUGCCGCCCUGCAUAACGUGGCGAAAGGAGCCAGAGUUUAGUCCGAUUUUUGUCGGGACAGGGGACACAACAUGGCCGAGGAGGAUGCAGACAUCUCUCCCAUGGAGGCCUUUAUGGACAGUCCCUUGGUGGUCUGGGCCAAGACCUUCAGCCCUGGUUCUAAGGUGGAGUUUACAAACUUGGUGGAAGGAACAUUCCUCAACGAAAUGAUGCUCCAAAUUGACCCUCGACCGACUAACCAGCGGAUCAACAAGCAGGUGCAGGGCCAGGUGCACCUCCGGAUCCAGAACCUGGCCAUUCUCAUGAGGCACAUCAAGUCCUACUACCAGGAGGUUCUUCAGCAGCUGAUUGUGAUGAAACUUCCUGACAUCAUUGCUAUUGGCAAGGAGCCUGAAGGAGAACAAUGCAUCCAUGAGUUGAGGAAGAUACUGCUUUUAGUGCUGGGCUGUGCAGUACAGUGUGAAAAGAAGGAGGGCUUCAUUGAGAAAAUCAAAGAGCUAGACCUGGAUGUACAACAUGCUAUGGUUGGACAUAUUCAAGAGAUCACAGACAACACAGACAACAUCUUCUGUACCCAGUGGAGUGAGCUGACAGAGAUCCCUCCUGAGGAGCUGGACGGUCUGUCCAGAAACAUGUUCUACCAUCUCAAGAGACUGGUCAACGAGAGGGACGACUACUGUGAGGCUCUUGCAGAGAUCACACAAGAGAGGGACUACUACCAGCUGGCCCAGCAGGAGGCCAGCAAACAGGCACAGUCCCCGGUCACCCCGGGACAGCCCCAGGACAAGAACCACCUGACCGUGGAGCUGGCCGACACCAAGGCCAAACUCAGGAGACUCCGACAGGAGCUGGAGGAGAAGACGGAACAAGUCGUGGACUUCAAGCACGAGAUCGAGCAGACCAACCUCACGCUGCAGAAACUCCGGCAGGAGAACCUGGAGCUGAGCACGGACGCGCGCUCGGCGAGGGCGUACCGGGACGAGCUGGACGUGGCCAAGGAGAAACUGAGCAAGACAGAGAAGUUUGAGUCAGAGAUCCAGAGGUACAAGGAGAAACUCAACGACUUGGACUUCUAUAAGGCCCGGACUGAGGAGCUGCGUGAAGACAACAGGAUCCUCCACGAGACCAAGGCCAUGCUGGAGGAGCAGGUGGAGUCCCUCAGGGCUAAGAAGGAGAAGUGGGUGGAGGUGGAACAGGAGAACCUGAGGAUCAAGGCACAGCUGAAGGAGAUGGAGGAGAGAAGAGAUGAAGACAGGAGGAGGAUCCAGGAGCUGGUUGAUGAGAACAUGGCUCUGGAUCUGGACAAGAGACAGACACUUAACGAGUCCUUAACCCUCGGGAGGGAGCUGGAAGAUGCCAAAACCAAGAGCUCUUCAGGCUGGUCCUACAAAGGUUACUACCCGCUGGCGGCGGAGUGUAACGAGUCAGCGACCAGUCGCGCCCUGCGUCUGGAGAAGGAGAACAAGAGACUGGUGCAGGAGAUGGAGGAACUGAAGGAACAGAUGCACCACUCCGACUCCAGCAAUACAAGAAUGACAGAGUUGGAGAAGGAGAACCAGCGUCUGAGUGAGAAACUGAAGCGUCUGCAGGACAGCGCCACUAAGGAGACACAGAGUCUACUGGACCUGGAACAGUUCAGCGACGAUCUCAUCAAGGAUAAGGCUCAGCUUGAGCAGACAUUAGAAACAGUGAAGGAGAACAGUGAGCGACAGAUCAAAGAACUGGAGAGAGAGAAUGAACAGCUUCAACAGACGAUAAACACACUCAGGCAGAGAACGCAGAUUUCUUUAGACGCUCGCGUCAAGGAUAUCGAGAAGGAAAACAAGACGUUGCACGAGAGCCUGCGGGAGAAGACCAGCACGCUCUCUCAGGUGGAGCUGGAGAAGAAGCAGCUGAGUCGACAGUUCGAGAGAAUCCGGGAGAACGCGGAGAGGGCGGAGGAACUGGAACGGGAGAACACGAAAGUCGGCAGGGAGAAGGAACACCUCCAGAGGACGAUAGAAACGCUGAAGAUCUCGUGCGAGAACUUCGACCAGCUAGAGAAAGAGCACCACGCAAUGGAGAAGGAGCACAGGAAACUGAAGAAGGAGGUCGACGGUUUGAAGACGAAGGCGGAAAAGUUCGACGAAUCCGAGAAAGCCAACAUCCAGCUGAACGCGGAGAAGCAGCGGCUACAGAGGACCAUCGAGAACCUGAAGGGCACGGGCAGCAAAGUGUCGGAGAUCGAAGAAGAAAAGGAAGAGCUCGAAAAGGAAAAUCACCAGCUGAAGAAGAUGCUCACCACCUCGAAAGAAUCCGUCCAAAGGCUCGAGGAAGACAACUUGAGGUUGGACACCCAGAACCAGAAGUUGACAAAGUCGCUGGACCAAUCCAGUAGGAAGGUCGAGGAUCUUCGGAAGGAGAACACAGAGCUGGAAACGGAAGGCCAGAGGCUUCAGAAGAGUCUGGAAAACAUGAAGGCGUCUGGAAGGAAGCUACAGCGGCUAGAGAAGGACAAUCGCGACCUGGAGACGACAAACACACAGCUGGAGAGGAGUCAGAAGCAGUUGGAAAAGGAGAACAAGAGAUUGAGGCAGUCGAUGGACAUGAAGGAAGGCAUACUGGAGGACAGCAACACCAGGAUAGCCGCUCUGGAGAAAGAGAUCAGGCACAUGCAGAAGGACAGGGAGAGGAGUAAGGAUACGGACAGCAGGAUUCAGGAGUUGGAGAAGGACAACAAGGAUCUACUGAAGCAGACCACGAUGGACAAGAAAACGCUGGCGACACUGCGGGAGGAACUGGUGAACGAGAAACUGCACAACCAGCAGCUGACCAAUGAGCUGGAGAAGCUGGCAGCAGAACUGGAUAAGAUCGGUCUGAACAAGGAGAAACUGCUGCAACAGGAGCACUCACAGGACGAGAGUCGCUGGAAGGCCCUGGAGUCCCGUAUGGAGAGUGAACUGAAGAAGAGUCUGGAGAUUAAAGAGGAGAAGGUUCACGCGCUGGAGAGUCGUCUGCAGGAGUCUGUCAACAGGAAUCAGAAGCUGCGGGAAGAGUUGCGGACCCUGCGGCGGGAGCAUGAGGCCCUGCAGCAGAAGUACGAGGAGGAGCAGGGCUCCAGCCCGCCCAAGGUCACGGUCAGACGCACCACUCAAGGUGAAACCACCAGGGAACUCAUCAAGAUGAAGGAUCAGGUCAUCGAGUUGGAAAGAAAUAAUGCCAAAUUUGAGACGGAAAACAGCAGCCUAAAACAGCAAAGUAGAAGCCUAGAGUCCCAGUGCAACAAGCUGCAGCAGCAGGUGUCCUCUCUACAGUCCCACAAUGCCUCUCUACAAGGGCAGAACAGCAACCUGCAGUCCCAGAAUGCAAAGCUGCAAGUCGAACUCUCUACACUGCAAUCCCAGAAGUCCUCGGUGACUUCGGAGCACACCAAACUGCAAACUCAACAUUCCCAGGCGGAGACGCAGUACAGGUCUCUCCAGAAAAGGUACGACGACAUGAGGAGCGAACACACGGCUCUGCAAAAGGACUUUGAGAAGCUGCAGAAACUUCACCACACCCUCUCCUCGGACAAUGAAGCCAUGGCUUCGGAGCACAGCAUGCUGAAGUCCAACUUUAAGAUCCUGAAGAGUGACAACAAGAGGCUGGAGGACCAGUACAACUCACUUCUGAAGGAGAACGAGGGUCUGAAGAAGAUGAAGUCCACGUUUGAAUCAGUCAGGUCAGAGGACAGGUCCCUGGCUGCUGUCAAGGCAGAUAAUGAAAGGUUGCAGGCGACCAACAGGAAGCUGACAGCAGACUACCAGGACCUGCAGACGGACUACAAGAGUCUGAAGCAGACGUACAACAGUCUGCAGCUGGAGCACACCAAGCUGGCCGGAGACAUGAGGGACCUCCAGUCUCAGUACAUGCAGAUGGACAUGGCAACAUCCAAAAUGGAGGGCAGAUGUGAGAUGCUGCAGCAGCUAAACCGUACCCUGGAAGAGGAGAACAAACAGCUGAUGUCCCAGCUGACAAAGUUACUGGAACAGAACCAGGAGCUGUUGGCACAGACCCUGGAGAGCAAGGAACAGUUCCACGAGGAGGAGAGACAGUUCUCUGACAAGUUGAACGAGUUGCGGAGACAGAAAGAGAAACUGGAAGAGAAGAUCAUGGAUCACUACAAGGGGUAUGAACCAUCACCUCCCAGGAAGAAGGGCUUCAAAUUCUUCAACAAGUUAUCAGCAGCAAUGAGUAGGACAACCAAGGCACCGAAGGAGAGGGGGGACAAGAAGGCGUCCAAGGUGAGCAUGUCUGACCACGUGGACGGUCAGGGCGCUGAGCGGUCCGACAGUUCCUCCAUCGGCUCGUACGGCGACUCCCUGGACGGGUCAGCGGAGAACACCAACACGCAGAAAAGCAACAACCAAUCAGUUUCUGCUGGAGAUUUUCUUGAGUCUCCCCGCUCCCCAAGAAGUACGAGUAGCAGUCCCCGGAGAGUCACCACUCUGAAACGUUCCAUGUCUCAGGCCAUCGUGGACAAUUACAUUGACAUGGUGUUUAAGAGCAGGAGAACCAACCUGAGGAAACACAAGUACAGGAGCGAAACCGUCCUCAACACCAUCUUGAGGGACGAGAAAGAAGAACCCCAGCCAAAGGACAAGAAAAAGAAGAGGGUCCGUGUCCUGGACGACAACAAAAAAGCGCUGUCCAAAAGUCUGGACGACAUCGAUGAGGAAUGCAACAGAGACAGUGGCAUAGACUACGAACCCUACCCGUUGAGAGACAGGAAACAGAAGUACAGGAGCGAGCUGGUGCUGUACCGCACCUCGUACCCUUGGGACUAUGAAAUUGAGUCAUCAUCAUCAUCUAGACCCAGGCCGUUGCAGGAGCGGCGGAACCAUUACCGAAGUGAGGAGUUCCUGCACAGACGCUCCAUGCCCGCCCUUGAUGUGAUCAGUGAGAAUUUCUGUGCCUUGUCUAGUGAAGACCUCCACAUCAACAUUCCACCUGAAGCUGACUCACAAAGCUCAGGCUCUGCCGGGUCCCGACCAGCGUCGCACAACACCAGUUACAACAGCGAGGGCAACCGCAGUUGGUCCAAUUACAGCACCAACCUCUCGCCACGGAUAGACAUAGACCGCAUCAGAGCAGGCAGCUUGGGAAGCGAGGAUCACAUUCCAACCAAGGACCCCGGCAGUCUGGUCCCGCCCGUAGACCGCACCCGUACGGGCUCGUAUAAUUCGUACGACUCUAGGGACAGCUCGCCGCGGGAAUCCUCGUCCACGCCGAGGUCACACGCGUCCACGCCCAGGUCGCAGUACAACGCCGUGUCGCCCGGCAGCGAGAUGGUAUCGCUGGAGCAGUUCUUAGACGAAAGCAACAAGGUUCCCUCCCCACUGUUUACAAGGAAGAGAAUAGAGAAGAGGAGUCAGUCCCAGGACUCAGACUCGCUGCUGAAUGACAGACAGAAGGAUCACCUGGCCCGGAACAUGAUGUACAACUCCAUGGGACAGCUCCCAGUCGAGUCCCAUUCCACCAGGCCGCCCUCCAGUCCAAACUUCAAUGCCAGAAGACAACAUUACCAGUCCGAGGUCAACCUGUCGUCCAUUCCAAAAGACCGGAGUCAAGACCGGAUCCAUCCGGACUCGCGUGCCAUGUCGUCCUCUACCAGCCGGCUGGAUGGCAGCCAUCCUCCCGCGCCGCCUCAGCGAUACCCGCCUUCCAAGAUGCUGAGCCCGGCGCCCAACCCCCAGUCUUCCCCCGUCCAGACGCGUGUAUUGACAGUCUCCAACAGGCUGGAUCGCCUGUCCAAACCGUCAACUCCGAGCCAGCCCCAGACCGUCACCGUCAAAACCACCACCAUUCCCGGAACGGACAAGCCCACCCUCAUGGACGGGAAGACGCCGUCGCCGAGGCACGAUUACGGGGGCGGCGGGGACGCGCCUCGGAGACCGCCGCCGGAAUACACGAACUAUUCCCCCCGCGGUUACAAACCUCCGUCCACGAGCACUCCUCAGUCCGUCAGGUACUCCGACAGGCCCACGCCGAACCCGAGAAAUUUAAACUCUCAGUACGACACCAGACCGGACUAUAACAGAGACAGUAGGCCGAGUCCCAGGGAAGGACAGUACGGCAGGGCUCCCCCUUCUCCCAGACAACAGAGGGCCAACCCCAGACCACCACAGGAACAGAAAUCCUCCGUCAGACAAACGGCCGCCAUGUUCGAGCAAAAAGGCAGGGAUGACGACAGGAAGGGAGAACCACCAAAUAACCAGGGGGGACCCUCGGGGGCUGAGGGGUCGUCCAUUUGGUACGAGUACGGAUGUGUCUAGUAACUAGGGAACUCUGCUGUACAAAUCUUUUUUCUGAGUUUUCGUUUGGAAAUUUCCUUUCAAACUUCAUUGGCUGUAAUCAUUGAUGACGAGACUGAAAAGUUUGCCAAAAUUAUGUUUAAUUUGUCAUACAUACUGUACUUUGUGCAUUGCAAAAAUAUUGACUAUGUUGACAAUCAGAGGAAAAUUAUCUUGUUUAUAUAGAUAGCAGUUGUUUGUAAGCUAUAUAUGAGUGUACAUUUUGUUUUUUGACAUGUUGAGUGCACAUACAGUGUGGAGACUGCAGUGUGAAGGAGGGGUUGUGGUCUAAAAAUACCCAUGAUGUUUUGCUUUCCUAUUUAAUUUAAAACCUGUACAUUUGAUUUUCUUGUGGGAUUGACCAGCCCUGAUAUCAAAAUACACAGUAUUACACUGACUUCUCGUUUGUUUGUGAUCAUAGCACUUGUAUGAGUUUUUUUAAGAUGAUACCUUAGUUCUUCUUCAAUGACAGUCGUAUAAGUAAGACUGUGCACCGUGUCAAAAGAAAUACUGAGCAGGACAAUUUCAAUGGUUGUGUGUUUCAUAUAUUGUUCUUCCACCUGCCUUUAUAUAGAACCAUGUGUCUAUUGCAGUUACCACAGCCAACCUGUUAACGUUGUUUUGUAAACAAAUUGCUCUAAGCGUUGAACAUGGAUCCAUGAAGACCGAGGUUUGGGAUUUGUAAUUAUGGCUUUAUAUCGAACCUCGACGUUGUAAGAUUUUUUUUGUAUCGGCCAAAAUUGAAAGGAUGUAAAAUAAUAAUAAUAAUGACUUUCUACCCUGCGAUCAGAGUGUAAGCUAGAGUAGCUGACUUGCUGUUAUUUUGGAAUAAAGGAAGUUGUCUUCA